AUGCUGACCGAGGCGCCUGCCGCGCCGAACGUGCCGAUCGACUACACGGCGCUGCUCUGCCGGCGACCGGGUGGCGAAGCGGAUGCUCCUGCGCCUCCGAUCAGGCUCGCGUUUCUGCACCGGAUUUUGGAGGAGAAUCAGGCGCAGCAGGACCGCCGAGCGAGCGAGGAGACGAACGAUGCGAUGGCCAGUUCCUCGGCUGCGCUUGAGGAGAAGAAAGGCGACGAGGACAUGAUUCCGCCGGAUAACUUUGCUAUGGUUAAUUCGUGGCUGUACCGCAGCAGUUUUCCGAAAAAGAAGCACUUUCCUUUCCUCAAGACGCUUGGCCUGCGCAGCGUGCUUACCCUGAUUCUGGAAGACUAUCCCGAGCAGAAUACGCAUUUUUUGGACGAAAAUGGGAUCACCUUUUUCCAGUACGGGAUCCCCGGCAACAAGGAGCCGUUUGUGCAGAUUCCCGAAGAGACCGUGACCGCAGCGCUCGCCACGAUUCUCGACAAGCGCAACCACCCGAUCCUGAUCCACUGCAACAAAGGCAAGCACCGCACCGGGUGUGUGAUUGGGUGCCUGCGCAAGCUGCAGCAGUGGUCGCUGACGACCAUUUUUGACGAAUACCGGCGCUUCUCGUUCCCCAAAGCGCGCAGCAUGGACCAAGAGUUCAUUGAGCUGUACCGCGAGAGCGCGGUGUGGCCGCUCAUUGAGCCGCAGUACCUCCCGAACUGGGCGGUGCUGGUGAAAGGCGAGCCGAUCCUUCCGGGCAGCGUCCAGGAAGAGACCGAGGACCCCGAGAUGCGGGGCAUGUAG